GCAUCAAAGAGGAGCUCAGAAGAAACAUGAAGUCACAUGACUGUGCGGAAGUAGGAGGCAGAAAAGCAAAAUGGCAGAAGGAGGUGGAGGUGAUCAAGGAAAUUCAGUGGAUCCGAUUGUGGAAGUGGGAGCUGUGUUGUUAAAGGAUUUCAUCUACGAGCGGAUUCGGCGGCACGUGGACGGUGAUGCCGUAGUGAGCAGGGAAGAGCUGGAUGCAACGGAGCUAUGUGACCCAAACCAUAAAAAGCUCGCUCAGUGCCUCCAGCAGAUUGGAGAUGAGCUGGAUGGAAAUAUGGAGCUACAAAGGAUGAUAGAGGACUCUGCCCUCAGCCCAUCAAAAGACGUGUUCAUGAAAGUCGCCUUUCAGAUCUUUUCUGACGGUAGAUUCAACUGGGGCCGGGUGGUCGCGCUCUUUUACUUCGCUUGUCGACUCGUCAUAAAAGCACUUAUAACCAAAAUUCCUGAAAUCAUCAGAACAAUAAUCAACUGGACCAUAGACUACCUCCGGGAUCAUGUGAUCAACUGGAUAAGGGAGCAAGGUGGCUGGGAGGGUAUUCGUUCCUACUUUGGGACACCCACAUGGCAGACGUUGGGGGUUUUCCUGGCUGGUGUUCUUACCACUGUUAUAGUCAUUCGCAAGAUGUGAGGGCCAUUUGAGGAGCAGGGAGGAGAAAGAUGGGAAGAGCUAUGACUGAGGGAACAGGAACGAAAAGAUGAUCGGAGGGUCAACAGAAACAAGUUGAGGCAGAGUAAAAAAAAAAAGCUGAGCUAGAGGAACUCGUACAUGGAGAACCACAGUUCCUGUGAAACUGGGAGUUGGACUGGAGAAGCGCUGUUGUACCUGUGACCAUUGUGCCGCUGAGGAGGAGAGCUGUGCAUGAUAAUGCACAAAAUCAGAAGGAUGGGGAGGAUUUAGAUUUUAAUAAAGAAGGAAUUUUGCAUAA